AGAAAAAUAGGGUGGCCGACAUCGCGAUUAACAGAUACAAAAGAAUUCCCGUCGACAAGACAUCCUGAACUCACGCUGUGUGCGCGUAACAGUUUCUUCAGGCAUUUGAAUUUCACUGUGAGGGACUGUUCAGGACACGCAGGCUUGGCGUCUUUGUUCGGACUAUGCGCCGCCAAGAGUUGUGGCUUGUCACUCUGCUUUCUCACACUUCUUCGACAUUGCUGACACGCGCUUGCACAAUAAAUCGCAAUCAUGGCCCCGAGAAACCCUCUGGCAAAAGAUCCGUUGCACGAUGACAGCUUGUUGAUGAUUCCACCGCCCGGCUUCAAAUUCAUCCCAAAAUCCGAGGUGAUCUGCGGAAAAGCAGGUUGUUUCGAAUGCUUCGAUAUCUAUUGCGAGCGGUGUGAGAGCAAGGAUCGUCGAAUUGUCGAACUUGAAAUGCGGAACAACGACCUGGUCAAGUACAUUACGCAGUUGCAAGCGAAGCUUUUCGGAGGUCCGUCGGUUUCUCAAAGGCGGCCACCUGCCUCAGGCUCCGCUUUCAGCAGUCGAGUUCCGUCGGCUCCAGGCCCAGGAGGAUCCGGUUAUUCAGGUUACCCGUCUCAAUGUGCCCCACCGCCCGUCGGUCAAGCAGGGGAGCCAUUCGCGUUCAUUCAAUCUCCAAUCCUGUAUGACCCGUCUAUGGAUCUGUCAUACGUAGCUACUACGUCGUUCACUCCCGCACCACCGGACUCUAUUGGUGGUCCCUCUGUGCCGCUAGGUGGGCGCAAGUAAAUGUUAUUGCCACUUCUCCGUUGUUUUAAUGUCAACCCUCUGUCUCAUACUACAACUUCUGCCCAAUUCUGUUUUCCUUAUUUUGAUUGCCACUUCUUGAGGUGUUGUUCGCGGACUGCCUAUACCUCGUGUGUCGAUGUGUUGUACUACGGUGCCUCACAAGCGGUGAGUGGUGUGCAGUGGGAGGACAGUCACUACUAUUCUGGUAAUUUUGGGUUGCUGCGAAGAUGUUCUGUCUAGUCGAAGCGUUUUAUGGUUCUCCGUUCCUGCUUUGCCAACAGUGUGUAACAAGUGACUGAGAAGCAGCAUCAUCUCUUCCGAGUACGCGGAGAUCCGCGUGAGGUAACGGAACACUAUUUAUCACUCAAACGUGAUUGACCUCGGUUGAGAUUUCGCUCGGAAGUACCAGGAGCCUCAAGGCGGGCGAAAGCAUGGAUAUGCUCCCCAGCAACGCUAAUAGCGAGUCAGUCGACGAUACACUAUAAUCCUCGACGGUGACAAGAUAUUCUGCUUAUAGAAGUGCAGUGUCUCCCGAGGGCCUUCCCCAUGGACGGGUAGUGGCUGGCCUCUGGGAAGCAUGCAGGCCAAGGUGGGGAGGGAACCUCCAGGGGCUAUUAGGCAACAUGGACGAUUGCAUGCGCCAUCUCGAAAACGGCUGUAUGAAUCAUUAAGUAGCGUGUGUAAACUCACUUGUUGCACAGGAAGACUUCCGCAUACGGACGUAAACAAGAGUAGCUGCCGCCUGGUGCACCUUGAGAGUCGUGGAACACCUGCCUGGUUACCAAUGUUUGACAACACAAGCGAGGCAACAACACUGAAAUAACGUUAGAUUUAGAUUUAAACGCUUUAUUUGCUCCUGCAGAUGCGCCGGACUCAGGGCUGCUGUGCUCAGGAAAUCGCGAUGCCAUCGGGAUCGAGUUCUGCGCGUUCCGCUUGUGUCUCUUGUGUUGCUUCUUUAAGGCAAGAGACGCUUUCAGCUGUCCGAAGGGAACACUUACCGUGGGAUGUUGCUUGACUGCAACGAGCCUGAUGACUUGCGAUGCAUCCCCUUUGGAUGAGGACGCCACGCAAUGCACUUGGGCUGGUGACAUUUAAAACCGGCGUAGAUACGAUGCAACGGCUAUGAUCGAGCUGCAAAGUGCACAACCUCUUUCACUGGAAGCAUAAAGUGAUAUGCUAAGCAUCUAGGUAUGGGUUGUUCGGAGUAGAUGGUCCUCUUCGGCGAAGACGCUGGUGCAAUAAAAGUGAAAGGGGGAGAACACUUCGUAUCGUAUCGACCUAGGGUGUGGCUGACGCGUCACAUUCAGCGAUAAAUAGUGUCUCCGAUGUGCCAACAAAUGAAACAGUUGUUUUUGGCAGUAAUUACUGUGUGCGUUUGAGAAACUUAACAGACUGCUGGCUAGUUCGCCGAUUAACGGUUUUGUCGCCAGUUAGAGCACACCCCAUGUAUGCGGGUGCCGCAAGCAGCUACAUCUUGUAAAAUUUGUUGUGGAAUUGAUAACGUGGACAUGGGCGCGCCAGAUUCAUUCGCAGCCUUUCGCGAGGGAUGGGUGUAGAGUGGUCAGCCCCAACUAUUCGCAAAAUUUCGGAGACAAGCUUACCGUUCAAAGAUGCACGGUCACGGAAUGUUGCGCAGUUGCGCAC